AAAAGUACUUACAAGAAGUAUGGCCUAUGGUGAAAAGUGCAUUAAAAGAGCAUGGCAUUGCAUGCGAGCUCAAUCUGGUUGAGGGGUCCAUGACUGUGUCAACCACUCGGAAGACUAGGGAUCCGUAUAUCAUUAUCAAAGCUAGGGAUCUCAUAAAACUUCUGUCACGGAGUGUUCCUGCACCUCAGGCAAUCAAGAUCCUAAAUGAUGAUAUGAAUUGUGACAUUAUCAAGAUUGGUAGCCUUGUACGCAACAAGGAACGAUUCGUGAAAAGAAGAGAACGCCUUUUAGGCCCUAAUUUAUCAACUCUUAAGGCCAUUGAAAUUUUGACUGGAUGCUAUGUAUUGGUUCAGGGAAACACUGUUGCAGCCAUGGGGUCAUUUAAGGGUCUAAAACAAGUUCGCAGGAUCAUGGAAGAUUGCAUCCAAAACGUGCAGCAUCCUGUGUACCACAUCAAGACCCUCCUGAUGAAACGAGAGCUUGCCAAGAAUCCAGCACUAACCAAUGAGAACUGGGAUAGAUUUCUCCCAAAGUUUAAGAAGAAGAAUGUUAAGCAGAGGAAAGUGAAGGCUAAGGAGAAGAAACCUUACACGCCGUUUCCUCCUCCACAACAACCGAGCAAGAUUGACCUUCAAUUAGAAAGUGGUGAGUAUUUCAUGAGCAGUAAAAAGAAAUCAGCAAAGAAGUGGCAAGAGAAGCAGGAGAAGCAGGCGGAGAAGACAGCUGAAAACAAGAGAAAGAGGGAGGCUGCAUUCAUUCCACCGAAGGAACCUUCUAGUCAUGUUGCUGAUUCUACUAAAUCUGACAAUGACAAUGAUGAAGUUGCAGCCAUGGCAAUGUCCUUAAAG